AUGCAAGAUUAUCCUCGAGAGGAAUCGGCCUGCUCGUCCUCCCUGGUUGCAAUUAAUACCGCGUGCAGAGCAAUUUGGUCCGGCGAAUGCUCUCGAGCCAUUGCAGGAGGCACAAAUGUGAUUACCAGCCCAUUUGACUACCGAAAUCUUAAAGCCGCCGGAUUCCUCAGCCCCACUGGACAGUGCAAGCCCUUUGAUGCUGGAGCCGAUGGCUACUGCCGGGGAGAAGGGGUCAGCGCGAUUGUCCUUAAGCCCUUGGCGGCUGCUCUCAAGGAGAAAGAUCACGUCUUUGGUGUGAUUGUGGGGUCAGCAGCAAAUCAGAAUCAAAACUCCAGUCACAUCACAGUGCCACAUUCAGGUUCUCAAGUCAAGCUCUAUCAAAACGUGAUGAACCAGGCAGGCGUUCACCCGCACUCCGUGACAUAUGUUGAGGCCCAUGGCACCGGUACUGGCGUGGGUGAUCCUGUUGAAUGCAACAGUAUAUGUGAAGCAUUUGGCGGCGCUUCAAGAGACAGCACAAUCCACUUUGGCUCGAUUAAGGGCAACAUUGGGCAUACCGAAGCUACCACUGGUAUUGCUGGGCUCGUCAAAGUCCUGCUCAUGAUGGAGCAUGGGCAGAUACCUCAACAAGCCAGUCACAAGCGGAUCAAUCCGAAGAUUGCAUCAUUUACCCAUGCUCAAAUGGAAAUUCCUCGAAGCUUGCUGCCUUGGAACGCUCCGUUCUUUCUGGCUUGUGUCAACAGCUAUGGCGCCGCUGGAAGUAAUGCAGCUGUCAUGGUUCGUCAAGGUCCAUCUUUCAAUAUCAACCUGAGCGACAGAAUUAGUCACGACCCAGUGGGAACAAGAUACCCCUUGUUAAUAUCUGCGGAGUCUUCAAGCAGUAUCCUUGCAUAUUCAAAGAAGCUUUCUACUUGGCUGGCAAAGCUUAAGCCAGGGGUUCACGUAUCCGAUGUGGCCUUCAAUAUAGCUGAUAGAGCAAACCACUCGCUCUCGCAUCUCUUUUCCACUACGGUGUCAAGCAUCUCUGAGCUCAAGCAGAAGCUGACAGCCCUUUCAGCCAUACAUGCAACACCGAGUCCAAAGCCGAUGGUUCUUGUUUUCGGAGGCCAGGAAAGCGAAUCGAUCGGGCUAUCCGAAAAUGUUUACAAAUCUGCGAAGCUGUUCCAACGCCACCUCGAUGCUUGUAAUGAAAUUUUGGUUUCAUCAGGCUUUGAGGGUUUGUACCCUGCAAUCUUCCAACAGACCCCAGUCCGGAAUCUGGCGACUUUGCACUCUGCGUUGUUUGCCAUACAAUACGCGUCUGCAAAGGCGUGGAUUGACAGCGGGCUCAAGGUGGAUGCAGUCGUUGGCCACAGUUUUGGUCAACUUACGGCUCUUUGUGUCUCUGGCGUACUGUCACUUGCCGAUGCCCUAAAGCUGGUUUGCGGAAGGGCUUCCAUUAUGACGAAGAAUUGGGGCUCUGAAGCAGGAUCUAUGCUCUUCUUGGAGGCAGAUCGGCAAACCGUGUUCAAACUCCUCAGGUCAGUACCAGGUAACCUCGAAAUUGCCUGCUACAAUGGACCAAGAAGCCAUGUUGUGGUUGGCUCUGCAAAGGAAAUUGAUGCCUUGGAGGCAACGCUCACGGACAACCCUUCCUUUGAAGGAGGCUCAGUUCGUAGAAAGAGACUUCAAGUCACCAAUGGGUUUCACUCUAGGUUUACAGAGCCCUUGCUACCACAUCUAACGUCUUUAUCGAAGGAGCUGAACUGGAAAGAGCCCAGCAUACACCUUGAACUCUGUACCAAGAGUUCAGAAAGUCCCAAUUUUCGUUUACUUGCGAGUCACACAAGAGGUUCGGUUUUCUUCCAGCAGGCUAUCGAAAGGCUUGAGAAAAGGUUCCCGCAAAGCACAUUUCUCGAGGUCGGCUGGGGAUCAUCUGUCAUUCAACUUGCCAAAGGUUGUGUAGCAGAAAGCCGCGACCACCUGUUCUUGUCUCCCCAGCUCAGAACAUCUAAUGCUCUGGGUUCGCUCGCAGAUACAACCAUCAACCUGUGGAAAGCAGGCUAUGCAGCGCAGUUCUGGCUUUUCCAUCGAUCUCAAAAGGCAUCUUACCAGUUCUUACGUCUGCCGCCAUAUCAGUUUGAGAAGACUCGGCAUUGGCUUGGAUUCAUAGCUGAUAGAGGCGAGAAAGAUCCGGUUCCAGAGCCUAACAUCGAGGCCGAACCCAUCACCCAUCAGCUGCUCAAAUUCCUACGAUUCAAUGACGAGAAGAAGUCGAGCGCAGUAUUCCGUAUCGCGCCCCAGAGCGAUCGGUUCAAGUCCAUGUUGAAUGGCCACGUUAUGGCAGGCCAGUCUUUAGCACCGGCUUCCCUAUACUUUGAGGUUGCUGCUCGUGCUGCGUUGUUUCUCCAAUCGGAUACUUCAGCUGCUACUUUUGUACCAGCGGUGGAGGACCUCGUGAUGACUUCCCCGAUUGGCCUCAAUACCAACAAAGAUCUCCUUCUCACUCUACAGCAGAUAGAUGAUCCGCUACCGUCUUGGACAUUUUCGAUUACUACUCAACCUCUUCCCAGUCCUACGGGUCGUGUCAGUGAACCUUUCGAGACUUCAACUGGACGGGUAUACCUUCAAAGACGUGAUGACCCCAGGGCAGCCCAGUUGUUCCAACGGUUCGAAACUCUCACUGGGGCCCGUCGCUGUGAGGAGAUAAUGAACCACCCUGAAUCCGAAAUAAUGGAAGGAAAGCACAUCUACCGCGCCUUCAACCAUAUUGUCCACUAUGGGGAAAACUUCCGAGGGGUCAAGAAAAUCACCUGCUUGCGUAUGGAAGCCUCUGGAAAGGUGAUGAUGGUGGUAGACCCGAGCGAUCCAGUUGACCAGCGCCUCUGCGACACCCCAAUGACGGACAGUUUUAUGCAAUUCGCAGGAUUCUUGGUGAACUAUUUCAACAAUGACAGUCUAGAGCAUGUCCUGGUGUGCUCAAAGAUCUCACACAUUGAGAUUGGUGGGAACUUCGAUCCGGACGCGAAGGAGUGGCUUGUUUAUUCCAAUAUGACACAAGGCGGGCAAAAUGAUGCCUCCGCUGAUGUUUAUGUCUUUGAGGCGAAGAGCAAGCAGAUGGUGAUGGCAGCUUUUGGCUUUCGAUUCUCCAAAAUGUCUCAGUCCCUGCUUAUGAGGAUGUUGAAAGGUGUCAACGAAUCCACAGCCGCAGAGAACGGCAGCAAACCUGUCAAUCGUCAGAACUCGGAAGCUGCCUUGGUCAGCGAAUUGAACCUCACAAUCGAGGCUGCUCCGUCGUCCAAGCAUGCUAGGAGAUCUAAGAAGCAGUCUAGCAAACGAGCCGAGCUGUUUCAAAUCUUGCACAACGUUACGGACAUGCCUCUAGAGGAUAUGAAAGACGAAUCAUCACUGGAAGACCUUGGAAUCGAUUCACUCAUGGCCACAGAAGUUAUAAAUGACAUUCGAGCAUCUCUUAGUCUAACAAUCGACCUGUCCAGCUUCUUGUUCUGUUCAGAUCUCAAAAGCCUUGUGGUCUACGUUGAUUCAAUUUUCAACGGUGGUGAUGGGAGCUCCGAAGAAUCCAGCGGUGAAGACCUGGCUGUAUUUGGUGCAGAUACGGAUCGGUCUACGGCGCCGACUACACCAGAGUUGGUUGCGGAAGAGUUGAGCCCAAUUGAAGCGGAAGAAAAGCUCUUGCCUGAGGAGUCUGAAAGCGGGCCAUCGAUUAACUCUGCGUAUAAUUCGUUCAAGGAGAUCGAAUUUGCAUAUGAUCAGCUUGCGGAUGGAACGCUGGCUGCCAAUUUCUGGGCUCAAGCACACAAAAAGCUCGUACGCCAGUUCCAUCGCGUUCUAGAGGAUGGAGAGCUAAUCUUCGCCUUUGGAGAAGGCUUCGUUCGAACACAUGCGCCACUCGAUCCUACACCUGCGGAGCACAUCUACCAAGCAAUAGUCGACCUGUGGCCGCAACAUAAGGCCGUGACCCAGCUCGUAAGGGUUAUUGGAGCAAAACUCGCUGAUUGUCUUCGUGGGGAAAUCGAUGGCCUCCAGCUGAUUUUCGGAGACCGAGACAGCAAAAAACUUCUGGAGGAUAUGUACGAGAAUUGGCCGCUUCUUCGAACACCAACAAUGCUCCUGGGGGAUUUUCUCAAGAACGCUUUUUUCAACUCUACUGGACGUGGGAAAUUUCGAAUUCUUGAGAUUGGCGCAGGGACGGGAGGUACGACGAAAUACAUUAUCAAGUACCUCAAGAGUCAAGGAAUUCCCUUCGAGUAUGUCUUCACUGACAUAUCAAUGUCGCUGGUUUCCGCUGCCAAGAAGAAGUUCAGAGAUGUGGAGGAAAUGUCAUUCGAGGUGCUCGACGUCGAGAAGGCUCCAAGACGUGAAUAUGAAAACGCUUUCCACAUGAUCAUUGCCACCAACUGUAUUCAUGCCACAAGGAGCUUGAACCAAUCACUUGUCACCCUCAACAAGAUGGUUCGCCAGGACGGGGCCGUUGCGCUUGUGGAGAUAACACAGAAGAUGGUUUGGCUUGAUAUCGUCGUUGGAUUCUUCGAAGGAUGGUGGCUGUUUGAGGACAACCGCACUCAUGCUUUGGUAGAUGAAAAACAGUGGGAGAGAGAGAUGAAGGCCGCCAAUUUCAGAGAAGUCCUGUGGACGGAUGGACAGUCCCCGGAGUCGAAGACUGUUCGUGUGAUUGCUGCAUUCAAGUCAGCUCCCGUUGGGGCCAAAAGGCCCUCUGUGAAGGCUGCUGUGCAGACAGUCGUCUACAAAACUAUAGGCGACACCGAGGUACACGCGGACGUGUACUACCCCGUCCAUUCGGUCCGAACAAACACUAAAUUGCCAGUUGCCCUGAUGAUACACGGAGGCAGUCAUAUGAUCUUCUCCCGCAAAGAUAUUCGCCCAGCCCAGACCCAUCUCCUGCUCGAGAAGGGAUUUCUGCCAGUGAGUCUGGAUCACCGGCUCUGUCCAGAAGUCAAUCUUGCCAAUGGACCUAUGGUCGAUGUUUGUGACGCGCUUGACUGGGCUAGAAACAAGCUGCCUUAUAUCACUCUCAAGAACGACAGGAUCCAGAUUGAUGGAGACAGAGUGGUCGUUGUUGGAUGGUCAUCUGGUGGACAGUUGGCAAUGUCAUUAGCCUGGACUGCUCCAGAAAGAGGAUUGAGACCACCGGAGGCAAUCCUGGCCUUUUAUUGCCCGACUAACUAUGAAGACGAUUGGUGGAAAAAUCCCAUUCAGCCCCUCGGCGCAGAAGACAAGGGAGAUGAGUAUGAUCUGCUAGAAGCGAUUCAGGAUGAGCCGAUCACAAACUACGGCGUCGUUGGAGCAUGGGAGCCAUUAUCUGACCCUCGAAUCCAAACCGAUCCCCGGUGUCGCAUUGUUCUCCAUAUCAACUGGAAGGCCCAGGCACUGCCCAUCAUUAUCGGUGGUCUCCCCAGCAAGAAAAAAAGCACGGGGCUGAACGUACAGGACUGGCAAGCUCUUCCACAGCCUUCUCUCGAUGAGAUUGCUCGAGUCAGCCCCCGAGCCCAGAUUUUGCGCGGCAAUUACAGUACACCUACCUUCUUGAUCCAUGGGACUAAUGACGACUUGAUUCCGUGGCAACAGUCUCAGGGCACAUAUGAAGCCCUCCUCAACGCCGGGGUCUCUGCUGGUUUGGCACUGAUUGAUGGAGCUCCGCAUAUUUGCGAUCUCAGCAGCAACCCCGAGUCAGAAGGGUGGAAGGCAGCUCUCAAGGGGUACGAGUUCCUCGAUAGGUAUGUAUGA